AUGGCUACCCUCAACGAGAAGAAGGAUGUUGACGGUCACGACUCCUUGGUCAAAGUUGUUGACCACAUCGAAGUUGCCGACCCUGUCGACUCGGAGCCACUGUGGCAUUACAUCAAGCGCAAUCGCCGUUCCGUCGGCUGGAGCGUUUUCAUCUUGUCCCUCAUGGUAUCCUUUGGGUACGAUGCGCUCCUCACUGGAUCACUCAUCGGCGUUCCCGCUUUCAAGCAACGCUUUGGUGUCUACGACGAGAGUGCCAACAUGUACAUUGUCAGCGCCAUGUGGCAGUCUGUGUGGUCAGCCAUGACCUACGUAGCCAUGACGCUGGGUAUCUUUAUCACAGGCCAAGUUCACGGUCGCUACGGCGUUCGCGUCACCCUCAUCGCCGCAGCCGUUCUCAGCGUCGGUGCCAUCAUCUCUGAGCAGCUGGCUCGUAACCCCCAGCAGUUCUUGGGGGCCAAGAUCAUCGCUGGCGUAUCGUACGGCCUUCAGACAGCGACGGGCCUCAUGUCUCUCCACUCGUACGCCCCAGAGAGACUCCGUGGCCCCCUUGGCACUUGCUUGAACAGCUUUAUCCUUCUUGGUGGCUGGCUUGCCAGUGGCGUGAUCACCGGCACUGGUCAGGCCUACUUGAACUCUUCCCUGGCCUACCAGAUUCCUUUCGCGCUGCAGUACAUGUUUGUCCUCAUUUUGAUCGGAGGCAUUGUCUUCAUCCCCGAGGCCCCCUCGUGGUACGUCCGCCGCGGCGAGCUUGACAAGGCCCGCGCGUCAUUGGUCAAGCUCUACGGCAAAGACCAGCAGGAUGCGGUCCAGGCAGAACUUGAGAGGGAGCAGACGGCGGCCGAGAUCGAGCACGCCGCCAGUACCUCGGCUCCCGGCCUGCUUGAGCCCCUUCAGCGCAAAAACCUUCCCCGUACCAUGAUCAGUUCAUGCCUCUUUGGGUUCCAGCAGCUGGUUGGUGGCAGUUUCGUCACCACCUACCUCACCUACUUCUUCCAGGUGGCAGGCGCCCCCGAGACAAUUUCCCUGAACCUUGGGAUGAUGUCGUUCUCUGUGCAGCUGCUGGGCAACAUUUUCAGCUUCUUCCUCAUUGACCGACUCGGCCGCCGCACUAUUCUCGUUUGGGGCCUGUUCAGCAUGACUGUGGUUCUCAUCGUCAUCGGCAUCGCUUGGGCGGUGCGUACCCCGGCCAGUCUGUGGGUCAUGGUAGCCUUCAUGACGGUGUGGGCGUUCCUGUACCAGGCUUCGAUCGGUGCCGUCGGCUAUGCGUUGGCCUCUGAAAUCCCUAGCGCUCGCCUCAGACCCGCGACUAUCGGUAUUGCUGGUCCUGUCGGUCAGCUCUGUGCCCUCGGAAUGGGAUUUGCGACGCCUUACAUGAUCAACCCCGACGAGGGAAACAUGGGUGGACUUGUGGGAUUCGUGUUUGCCGGCUUGUGUGCCAUUGCUACCGUCUGGGCCUUUUUCUGUGUGCCCGAAACCGCUGGCAGGACUCGCGAUCAGAUCGAGGCACUGUGGGCCACCAAGGUACCGGUUCGCAAGUGGAAGGGUUACCAGCUUGACGCCGCCGGCGAGACCGUCGCUUAA